UCUCUCAGUUUGUCUUCUGCCGCUGGACACAAUGGACGCGAUCUGCAAGAUUUUGUCCGUUUUGUUGUUGGCAGCAACAACAGUGAAGGUGUGGGGAGAGUUCUGUGACAAUGGGACAGGCGAAUGCAAAGAGUUGACACCAACGGAAUGUCCAGCUAUAUUCAAUAAUCUAGAUCUGAUCGGUCUCAACAAUGUUAAAUACUGCGAUGAAUUCAAAGAUAUUGUUUGCUGUCCACUUCCUUUAAACGCCCAGCAACAUAUUCAACGGUCUGUGGACACAAGAGGAUUGUUUGAAAAGGAAUGCGAACGUUAUAACGAUGUCAGAUCCUCGUGCCGUCUGUCGCCCUUAAUUGUGGGCGGCACCAAGGCGGAGGGUCGUGAGUUUCCCUUUAUGGCUUUGUUGGGAACCCGACAGCCGGGAAGCUCCGUUGUCACCUGGAUCUGUGGCGGCACUUUGAUCCAUCCCAAGUUUGUGAUAACUGCAGCACAUUGUCUGGACACGGCGGAGACAAAAGCGGAACGCUUAGAUCCCAAAUUCGCAUCACCCAAAUAUGUUGUACGUUUGGGGGAAUUGGAUUAUAACAGCACAACGGAUGAUGCAGAGCCCCAGGAUUUCCAGUUGGUCAACUACGUAGUGCAUCCCUCGUACACAGAGAAUGACGAGGGCAGUCUCUUCAAUGAUAUUGCCGUACUCGAACUGGACCGGAAUGCCACACUCAAUGAGUAUGUGGCACCAGCGUGUCUUCCGUCCAGCAGCGGCAACGAGCACUUUGACCUGGUCGCAGCUGGCUGGGGAAACACUAAAAACAAUGGUCAACAGUCAACGCAUUUGCUCAAGGUCUCUCUCCAGCGUUACAGCGAUGAGAUUUGUAUGGAACGUCUCGAAAGUCGCAUUGUACCACGAACUCAGUUCUGUGCCGGCUCCGGAUCAGACUCCAGCAUGGCAGACACUUGCAAUGGGGACUCCGGCGGACCCAUUUUUGUACAGCAUCGGUCCCACAAUUGUCUGAAGCUGAUAAUUGGCGUUACUUCUUAUGGCCUCAUCUGUGGCAAUCACAAAUUUCCCAGUGUCUAUACUAAGGUUCAUCUCUAUACGGAUUGGCUGGAGCGGAUUGUGUGGGCCGAAUCAUGACCUACUACUACUACUACUACUAUUGAUAUAAGAUGAUAAUCUUGUCAAAUAUCUCAGGGAAAUUUCAUAAUUAUAUUUAAUAAAAGAUUAAUUCAGUUCUAUCGUUUUU